ACACGUCCUGCGCCGCUGGGGCUCGGGAGGGGAGCGUGGUGCUGCCCUCCUGACCCCCCGGGAGCUGGGCUGCCAUGAGCUCUCAGGAUGAGCAGUUCCCAGCAGCAGCCCCUCAGGCAGCAGCUUCCUCCAGUGAUGAUGGCAUGACCUGGUGGUACAGGUGGCUCUGCAGGAUUGCCGGGGUCACCGGGGGCCUGUCCUGUGCCUUUGCUGGCCUCUGGAACUGUGUCACCAUCAACCCCCUGAACAUCGCAGCUGGCGUCUGGAUGAUGCUCAAUGCCUUUGUGCUGUUCCUGUGUGAGGCUCCCUUCUGCUGCCAGUUCAUCGAGUUCGCCAACGCCGUCGCUGCCAGGGCGGACAGGCUGCGGCCCUGGCACAAAGCUGCCUUCUACUGCGGGAUGGCCGUGGUGCCGGUGAUGCUCAGCCUGACGCUGACCACGCUCUUCGGCAACGCCGUCGCCUUCGGCACCGGAGUGCUCUACGGCCUCUCCGCCCUGGGCAAGAAGGGAGAUGCCAUCACCUACGCCAGGAUCCAGCAGCAGCAGAAGCAGCUGGAUGAGGAGAAGCUGACAGGGACCCUGGAGGGACAGGCUCUGUGAAGCACCUGAGCUGGACACUCAGAUGGUGAAGAUGUGGAGAUCCCCUCUGCCCUCCCCUCUCCCCACCCCCCUCUCCCUUACCCUGUGAUUUCCCUGGACACUGCAGCAAGUGGAGAUCUCAGGGGCUGGGGCAGGCUCUGCCCUCUUCUCUCACCAGCAGCCAGACCUCAGUGUGUUGGUCUCUCUCCUCCUCUACCCUCACCCAGACAUCUCACAGUCCUCCUGGCUUUUAAUUUAUGGAGUUUGGGGUUGGUUUUCUCCUUUGCUGCAGUGGUGCUGGCUCUGUGCUGGCUGCUUUGCCAGCCUGAUCAGGUAACCUUGCCUUGGACAAGGCAGCCAGGGGAGCUGCUCCUGGGUGGGCUGAGCGUGGGCAGGGCACAGGUGCCAGCCCCCUGCCUCUCUGCUGCUCUCACAUGGGGCUCAGGGAGCUGCUGGCUUCACACCCUGGGGGUCAGCUGCCGUUGCACAGGCCACAUUUCCCAGGUCUGAUCACUAAGCCAGGGUCUGGCAACAGAUGGUGAUGCUUAAGCUGGGCCUUGUUCCACUGAGGCUGUUCCAGCACAGGCACUGAUGCAUGGGGAAAGACCUCAGCAAAAACCUCAUGUAGAGACAAGAACCAUCUGCAGAGGAGCUGCCAGAGGUGCUGGGGCACACCCUGGAACCCACAAAGCACAGUCCCCACCUCCUCUGGAUGCAGCCUCAGGUAGCUCCUGCAACCUACUUGAAUUACAAUGAAUGACUUUGUCUCACUGAGGGGAAUUUGCUUCUGCCUCCCUCUUUGGCUGGGGCAGGAGGGAAAUAAGGGCUUGCAGAAGGGUGCUGCUGCUGGAGCCAAGGGGGAUGCUCUGCUGGUGUGCAAGGGCAUCCUUCUCUUGUGAGCCUGGGGCUCUCUUCUCUUACCUCUCACUCCCUGCAUCUGCUGCUGCUUGCACCACCCAUCCCUCCACAGCAGGGGCCUGCUCUUUGCUUCUGGCUGGUCCAUUCUUUGGGCUGGUGGUGUUGGGGACCACCUCUGGAGGGGUUUUUGUCUGGGGAGGUGAAACAUCCUUCCACUGCAGGCACAGAGGGGCCUGGAGCCUUGCUGGCUGGGCAGCUGGGAUGUCUCUGCAUCCUCACUCCAGGCUCCACCAGUGGCUUUUGC